UCUCUCUCGAAGAAGCGACGCAUGUAUACCCAGCUUCACACGACAAGCAAAACCCAACACGCACGACAAAAUCCCUUCGAUAUCCCAGAAACCAAAAACCAACGACACGGUGGUAACCGGUCCUAGCUCCUCCGUUCUUGACCAUUCUCGAUCUUGUUGCCCGUAGAUUUAGAGAAAAAUCACAUCUUUUUCCAUCAUUUACCCCACUGAGACGAAACCCACCAACGAAUCAGACCAAGAACCUUCCCCUUCAAUGCUCCUUCGACUGGAGGCAAAUCUUCCCUUCCAGUCCUCGAUCCAUUGAUCCCAGAGAUUGCCCAUUUGACCCCUUUUUUCGCUCUUCUUUUGCUUGUCCUCUGUAAUAAUGGAGCUCCCGAGAUCAGUGAGGAGGUCGAUGCCCGGGUUCUUGCUAGGGUUCCUGCUGCUGUCGCUGGUGCCCCUGUCCGCGGCGAGAUUUGUGGUGGAGAAGAACAGCUUGACCGUGACGUCGCCGGAUAAGAUCAAGGGCACGUACGACAGCGCGAUCGGCAACUUCGGGAUCCCCCAGUACGGGGGUAGCAUGGCCGGUGCCGUCGCGUACCCGAAGGAGAACCGGAGGGGUUGCAAGGAGUUUGGCGAGUUCGGCCUUUCGUUCAAGUCCAAGCCCGGCAUGCUUCCCACGAUCCUCUUGGUCGAUCGCGGAGAUUGUUUCUUUGCUUUAAAGGUUUGGAAUGCCCAGAAAGCUGGUGCUGCUGCAGUACUUGUUGCGGAUGACAUUGAGGAAGCAUUAAUUACGAUGGAUUCUCCUGAAGAGGAUGGUUCGACUGCAAAGUACAUUGAAAAUAUUACUAUACCUUCUGCACUUAUUGAGAAAAGUUUUGGUGAAACAUUAAAGAAAGCAAUAAGUGGUGGAGAUAUGGUCAAUGUGAAUCUUGAUUGGAGAGAAGCUGUUCCCCACCCUGAUGAUCGUGUUGAGUAUGAGUUAUGGACCAACAGCAAUGAUGAGUGUGGAGUUAAAUGUGACAUGUUGAUGGAGUUUGUGAAGGAUUUUAAGGGUGCGGCACAGAUACUUGAAAAGGGCGGAUACACUCAGUUCAACCCCCAUUAUAUUACUUGGUAUUGCCCUCAAGCAUUUACCUUAAGCAAGCAGUGUAAAUCCCAAUGCAUAAAUCAUGGGAGAUAUUGUGCUCCUGAUCCAGAGCAGGAUUUCAGCUCCGGUUAUGAUGGGAAGGAAGUUGUGCUUGAAAACUUAAGGCAACUAUGUGUGUUCCGAGUGGCUAAUGAAACUAAAAAGCCAUGGGUGUGGUGGGACUAUGUCACUGAUUUUCAGAUUAGAUGUCCCAUGAAGGAGAAGAAAUACAACAAGGAAUGUGCAGAUGGCGUUAUCAGAUCUCUUGGACUCGACCUUAAAAAGAUUGAGAAAUGCAUGGGUGACCCAAAUGCUGAUUCUGAAAAUCCUGUUUUGAAGGAAGAGCAAAAUGCCCAAGUUGGAAAAGGAACUAGAGGGGAUGUUACCAUCUUGCCAACUCUUGUUGUCAAUAGUAGACAAUAUCGAGGUAAGUUGGAGAAAGGUGCUGUUUUGAAGGCAAUCUGUGCUGGUUUUGAGGAAACUACUGAGCCUGCUGUCUGUCUUAGUGGUGAUGUGGAGACAAAUGAGUGCUUGGAUAAUCAUGGUGGCUGCUGGUGGGACAAAACAGCUAAUAUCACUGCCUGCAAGGAUACAUUUCGUGGGAGAGUGUGUGAGUGCCCCUUGGUUGAUGGUGUGCAAUUCAAAGGAGAUGGCUACACCACCUGUGAAGCAAGUGGACCUGGUAGGUGCAAGAUAAACAAUGGAGGUUGUUGGCAUGGAUCUCAGAAUGGGCAUUCUUACUCUGCUUGUUUGGAUUUCGGGAACAGCAAAUGCCAGUGUCCUCCUGGGUUUAAAGGGGACGGUGUCAAAACUUGUGAAGAUAUUGAUGAAUGCAAAGAGAAGAAAGCCUGUCAAUGCCCUGAAUGUAGCUGCAAGAAUACCUGGGGAAGUUAUGACUGCACAUGUAGUGGAGAUCUUCUGUACAUCAGGGAUCACGACACCUGCAUAAGUAAGAGCAGUAAAGAGACAAAAUCUGCCUGGACUGCUGUUUGGGUCAUUGUGAUAGGUUUAGCCAUGGCUGCUGGUGGUGCAUAUCUUGUCUACAAAUAUAGAUUGAGGUCAUACAUGGAUUCAGAGAUCAGGGCUAUAAUGGCACAGUACAUGCCUCUUGAUAGCCAAGCUGAAGUCCCGAAUCAUGUCAGUGAAGAUCAUGCAUAGAGAGAGAGAUAGAGAGAGAGAGAGGCUAUGCACGGUUUGGUCUCUCGAAGGUUUUAGGCGACUGAAAGGAUUUGGUUUGAGUGAACUGCGCUUAAUUUAUCCAUUCACAUAUUUUAAACGUGAAUUGUGUCACUGUAAAUUAUGAUGUGGCGCAAAGUAAUGGGUCACGGGUCACAUAUUUUUAGCGAUUGGAUUAUUUCAGAGAGCCACUUCAUGAUCUUGUGCUAGAUUGGAAAGGUUUCAUGUGGAAUGGGGUGUAUAUGACUUAGAGACAGUAGCUUCUAGGACUCUUUUCUCAGUUUUAUUAGAUUGUUUUUUUUUAUUUACAUCGAGAAUGAGCUCCCCCAUUCUAUGUUUAAAGUGCUUUGUAUACCGUCUUUGUUUUAGGACAACGUUUUGGUUCUUGCCUGAAA